AUGGCAGCUGAAUCCACCCAGGACGAUGCUCACGGCAAGACCUGGCAGAAAGCUGAGCGGAAAUUCUCAAAUAAACCUGCGAGCGAAUUCUACGACCCCUGCCAGGAUUUUGCGGAUCGAAGUCUCAAAUGCUUGAAGCGCAACAACUUCGAUCGAGAGAUGUGCGGCGACUACUUUCAGGCAUAUCGCGACUGCAAAAAGAACUGGUUAAACCAGAAGAAAGGAGUCACCAAGUCAGGUUAA